CCCAUCCUGUUUUCUCCCCUGGGCCUGGGCCUCCACCGCACAGCCUGGAGCAGUCUCGGCCCCUGCCUCCCCCCUCCCCUAGCGCCUGAGCUGUGCAGCUGAGGCCCCCGAAGGAAAGAAGUGGUUGAACAGGCUCUGUCCCUCACCACCACCCCCUACCCUGCAAGCAAGGGUGUCCACAGCCCUGGCGGAACCUUUGUCCUGGCUGGGCCCCAAGCUGCUCAGGCUAAUCUUCUGCCUGAAGCCUGGGGACUUCCCUUAGCCCCCUCCCUGUCUCCCAAACCACUAAAUCAGCACAUUCCUGAAGCAGCCAAGCAGACCCCUCCCCCAUGGCCCACCCCUCUUUCCCGGUUCCUGCCAGGGCUAUUACUCGGGUUGGUCCAGGAAGGCUGGUUGCCCUGUGGGCACGGGCACACCUUUUCAGUGCCUGGGCAUGUAUUGUUCUUGGCAUUGGUGGCAUGGCUAGUGGUGGUAGUGGGGUCAGGGGAGGUGGGUGCUAGAAAUCUUUUGGGCACCUGGGGCAUGAGCCACCCAGGUCCUACAAAGUACCAUCAUGGACAGGGCUGUCAUGUGGCUUCCGCUUCCGCCUUGAUUUCUGCCUCCCACCUGCCUGACUCAGAUCUGCCAGGAAUGCCAUGCCCGAGGGCCUUCAGUCCUACUGGUGAAGGAGUCUUCAAAUGCCCUGAGGACCAGCUUCCUUUGGACUAUGCCAAGAUCUACCCAGACCCCGAGCUGGAGGUCCAGGUACUGGGCCUGGCUAUCCGCUGCAUCCACAGUGAGGAGGGCUGCCGCUGGAGUGGGCCGCUCCGGCACCUGCAGAGCCACCUGAACACGUGCAGCUUCAAUGUCAUCCCCUGUCCCAACCGCUGCCCCACCAAGCUCAGCCGCCGGGACCUGCCCGCCCACCUGCAGCACGACUGCCCCAAGCGGCGCCUCAAGUGCGAGUUCUGCGGCUGUGACUUCAGUGGGGAGGCCUUUGAGAGCCACGAGGGCGUGUGCCCCCAGGAGAGUGUGUACUGUGAGAACAAGUGCGGUGCCCGCAUGAUGCGGCGCCUGCUGGCCCAGCACGCCACCUCCGAGUGCCCCAAGCGCACCCAGCCGUGCACCUACUGCACCAAGGAGUUCGUCUUCGACACCAUACAGAGCCACCAGUACCAGUGCCCGAGGUUGCCCGUGCCCUGCCCCAACCAGUGUGGCGUGGGCACGGUGGCUCGCGAGGACCUGCCCGGCCACCUGAAGGAGAGCUGCAGCACCGCCCUGGUGCUAUGUCCUUUCAAAGACUCCGGCUGCAAGCACAGGUGCCCUAAGCUGGCGAUGGCACGGCACGUGGAGGAGAGCGUGAAGCCCCACCUGGCCAUGAUGUGCGCCCUGGUGAGCCGGCAGCGGCAGGAGCUGCAGGAGCUGCGGCGGGAGCUGGAGGAGCUGUCGGUGGGCAGCGACGGCGUGCUCAUCUGGAAGAUCGGCAGCUACGGCCGGCGGCUCCAGGAAGCCAAAGCCAAGCCCAACCUCGAGUGCUUCAGCCCCGCCUUCUACACGCACAAGUAUGGCUACAAGUUGCAGGUGUCCGCAUUCCUCAAUGGCAACGGCAGCGGCGAGGGCACACACCUGUCGCUCUACAUCCGCGUGCUGCCGGGUGCCUUUGACAAUCUCCUUGAGUGGCCGUUUGCCCGCCGUGUCACCUUCUCCCUGCUGGAUCAGAGUGACCCUGGGCUGGCCAAGCCACAGCACGUCACUGAGACCUUUCACCCCGACCCAAACUGGAAGAAUUUCCAAAAACCGGGCACUUGGCGGGGCUCCCUGGAUGAGAGCUCUCUGGGCUUUGGUUAUCCCAAGUUCAUCUCCCACCAGGAUAUCCGCAAGCGAAACUAUGUGCGGGAUGAUGCCGUCUUCAUCCGUGCCUCUGUUGAAUUGCCCCGAAAGAUCCUCAGCUGAGUGCAGACGGGGCUUCUGGAGAAAGGGAGGGUGGAAUAGGACCUCAGUCAGGAACUGGCUCAAACCAGAGAGGGGGCCGGACCCCCUUUCAGCCUCUUCUGCUGCCUAGGUUCUGUCCCCCUGUUACCCCUGCCACCCUCAGGUGCCUCCUAUUGGUGCUUCAGCCCUGGCCCCUGGGGCAGGAGCAGGUCUUGGGGUCAUCAAGGGCUUGGAAACAAGUGAUCCCAGGGUCUGUCUCCUCUCCUGGGCGGGGAAGAAAGACAUGCCUUGGUGCCGGCCACACUCUUCCCGGGACUGAGGUGCCUGCUGGUGCUACGUCCCAAGAGCCAUAGUGGGGGGUGGGGGGGGGUUGGGAAAGUGAGGGGUAGUCAAAAGAAUCUGUCUUGAGAUCUGAUUUCUCUUCCCCUUUCCCUGACUGUGCCUCCUCCGGUUAUUUAUUUACUUGGUGCCAGGAGGGCACAGCAGGGGAGCCCUGGUUUUUAAUAAAUCCUGAAUUGUAUUUAUUAA